GCCUCUGUUUUCCUCUAGGAGUUGUACGGUAUCCAGUCUUACAUUUAGUUAAUUAAUCCGUCUUGAGGUUUUGCGUGUAUGUGUGUGCGUGUGUUAGAGAAUAUUCAGGGACUUGAUUGGGGCAUUUUGAUUCUGUUUUUACAAUUCAAGUUAGACGAGAUCCAAAAUUCUCUUGCUUACACAGAUCAGGUACGAAUUUUGUAGGCCUCUGCUAUGGACUGAAUUGGGUUCCCUCGAAGUUCCAACAAAUGCAACUAUAUUUGGAGAUAAGGCAUUUAUUACAUUUUUAAAAAUAGGUAUAGUUGAUUUACAAUAUUAUAGUAGUUCCAGGAUUACAGAUAAGGGCUUUGAAGAGGUAAUUAAAGUCAAAUGAGGUCAUAGGGUGAGGCCCUAAUCCAAUAUGAUUGGUGUCCUUAAAAAAAGAGGGAGAGAGAGACACUAAAAAUACAUACAGGUAGAGAAAAGAUUAUGUGCAGGACAUGGUCAAAUGACAAAAACCUACCAGUUAAGGAGAGGGACCUCAGGCACAAGCAAUCUUCCUAUCACUUUGCCCUUGGGCUCCUAGCCUCCAGAAUUGGGAGAAAUAACUUCAUGUUGUUUAAGCCACACAGUAUGUGGUACUCAUUAUGGCAGCCCUGGCUAAGCAACAACUUCCUAUAUUUCUCUUCGAGGAACACUGUGCUCAACUAGGCAACAUUAUCGGCCUCUGCGACUCAAACUAUUCUGAUCGCUGCUUUGACUCUACUGUGCUUUAGGGUAAUUACACCAACUGCCAAACUCAGUGGCAGCACGUCCAAUGCAAGUUGUGGCCUACAGAAAAGAGUGCUCAGGUAGCUCUUCAAAGAUACUGGGGCUCUCCUCAAAAAUUUAUCACCCAGAGCUGUGAAAGGUGUAUGCAAUCCCUACUGAAACCCCAGUGCCCUGCUUUACAGAAGUGUCACAGCCAACGCUGAAUGCAUCCGGAAUUUCCAGGGACCUUGACUAGCCCACGUCAUCCUGGAAGAGAAGGAAACAGCUGGAGGACUCGCACGUCCCUAUUUCAAACCUUAGGAUAAAGCUCCAGUUAUCAAAGCUGGGUGGUACCAGCCUAAGGGGAGACCCGUUUGCCAACGAGAGAGAGGUAAGAGUCCAGAACUAAACCCCGAAAAGCCAUUCGUGGGUAUAAGCCCAGGAGAACGGAAAAGAGGUGUUCAAAGAGGAGCCUGGACGGAGGGUUCACCACAGCCUCUUCCCAACAGGCACAAGGCGCGAGUCCCCCAAACGUCCACCGAGGGACGAUGGCAUCCGCCGCCUAAGCGAUGACGAGAGUCAGGCAGCGGACCGCCAUUCAGCCAGGAAAGGACCGUGGUGCCGCUUCGUGCCAUCAGGGGAGGAACGCUGAUGCCAACGUUAUGCGAAGGGAAAGCUGCCAGACACAGAAGACCACCUGCUUAUUGGAGGGGUGCCUCUCUAGGAACAAGGGUCCCUGGAAGCCGUGGAGGCCCGAGGGGAGCGGUUGUCUUGAGACGUCGCGACCAGCUGGCACCUCCCAGGGCACCUCGGCGCACCUCGUGGCACCUCUUGGAGCUCAUCGCGCUGCACCCCACGGCAGAGGUAGCUAGGCCCGUCGGUCGGUCCGUCGGAGAAGGCGCCCCCAACGCCCAGCCGCCGCAUGCCCGGGAAAAGGAGCCGUCGAAAGUCACCCGGUCGCCAGGGGCGGACCUGCGCCCGCACCACCCGAGCCGGGCUGUCCGCCUCCGUGAGCCACAUGGAGCGCCUCCUGCGGGAGGGCCCCUACGCCCAGUGCCUGAGCUCGUCCGCCCGGGUCUUCCUCGCGGCCACCAUCGAGUACCUGACGGCCAGGGUCCUGGAGCUGGCGGGCGACGAGGCCCAGAUUGUGGGUAGGAGGUGCAUCACCCCAGAGCUGGUGGCCAUGGCGGUCCACAACAACGCCCUGCUCAGCGCCUUCUUCGGAACCCUCGCCAUCUCGCAAGUGGCCCCGACCCAGGAGUAGCUGCCCGACGCGCCCUGGAUGUCCUGGCCCCAGCCCCUCACAGCCCCGGAAGCCCCGGCCUGCCUCCCUGCCUGCCUCCUCGGGCAGACUCGUUGCCAGGCAAUACACGUGUUUAAAGAAACCCUCG